GCAUGCGCGGAACAAAUCGUGUUUCCGGGACGGAUCGGGUAGCCACACGCGUUUCUGUUUUUGUAACAAAGAAUUGACGACGCGUCGUUUCCGCACGUGAUGACGUUUAUCCGGCUGCUAGUGACACGCCACGGGCCGGUGGAGAAGUAACAGCAAGCAAAACACUCAGGCAGUAAAGAUGAGCUCAGACCAUUUAAAAUACAAAUGGACUCCCGUGAAUUCAGUGGUUGUUUUUAUGACAGUUAACGUCUGAAAGUUUUCAUAUCGUUGUGUGCGCGUGUUCACGGGCGAUGGCCACACCUUUUGUUCCUGUGCCCGUAGACAGAGCUCUGCGGGUGGACGGUAAACCCAGGCGGCCGCAGAGAGCGUCAUCGGCGUGCAGCGAGUCGAGCUCAGGCCGCAGGAGAGCCGCAGCGGCGCCGUGUCAGAGCCCCAUCACCCGCGCCAGACUCAACGCCACCGAACGCUCGGUGGAAUAUUCUUGCUACCCUCAUUCAGACAGCCCGCCAGAAACCCCCUGGCCGGACUGGGAGGAGCGACCCCUCACGCCCACCGUGCUGGGCUACGAGGUGAUGGAGGAGCGGGCUAAAUUCACUGUCUAUAAAGUUCUGGUGAAGAAAAGUCCUGAGGAGAGCUGGGUCGUCUUCAGACGCUACACUGACUUCUCGAGACUUAAUGAAAAGCUAAAGGAGAUGUUUCCUGGAUUCAGACUGUCUCUUCCUCCGAAGCGCUGGUUUAAAGAUAACUACGACACAGAGUUCUUGGAGGACAGACAGCUGGGCCUACAGGCUUUCCUGCAGAACCUUGUGGCCCAUAAAGACAUCGCCAACUGCGGGGCGGUUCGGGAGUUCUUGUGUCUUGACGAUCCGCCCGGCCCGUUCGACAGUCUGGAGGAGAGUCGGGCAUUCUGCGAGACACUGGAGGAGUGCAACUACAGGCUUCAAAAGGAACUUGUGGAGAAACAGAGAGAAAUCGACUGCUUGAAAAAAUCACUGGAGGAGAAAAAGCUCCACAUUCAGAUACUUGAGAGGAGAAUCAGCGGUGAGGUUCUCACUCCAGACAGUCUGCAGUGCGCGUCCGCUCCAGGGAGUGACGGUAGUGUGGACGUGGAGUCUUCUGCGGUUGAGGCCGACCAGGAGCUGCCUGAUGAGAACGAUUGUGCCCUUCAGUCGGGUCAGAGCUCUGCUGUGUGUUGGUGCGCUCCGUCCGUCAGCUCCGGUUCUCCUCCUGUCAUUCAGGUCACUCCUCUGGAACACUGACCCAUAGAAAGAAUUCUCUGCAUUCAUCUCUGAACAUUAGAGAGGACACAGAGCAUCUGACUUUUGAUCUCAGCCAAAGACUGAUGCUUCACCCAAAGCCCUGAGAACAAACCCACUUACUGAACUACAGGAAACAGAAUUAUUUGUCAUUGACAAUCUAAUGACACUAAAACCAUGAGGUUUCUGCCGUCUCUGUGUGUUGUUCUCAGGGUCAUUUGUGUUAGAAAUGUUCGUUGUUUAUUGUUUUAGGUGCAAAUGUGACAUGUGCACGAGUCUUGAUUUUAAGGGAAGGGAUCUUUAUAUGAUUUGCUAUCACUAAUGGUUUUUGUUUUUCGGAAUGAAUUUGUUUUGUACAUCUGAGACUUGAUGACAUCACUCUCGACAGAUCACAUGACCACCUUCUGCACUUACUUCAUUCAAAAUGACGCUCCUGUGUUAAAAUGACAUCAUCUGUAUGAAUUUAUUCCCUCCUUAGUCUUGAUAUCAUCAUCAUCAUCAUCGUUGUGCAGAGGCGAGAAUCUGCUAGCUUGACGUCUGCAUCACUACGUCUCGGUGUUUGUUAAAUGUAACACUCAUGUCUGCAGUCUGUAACUGUGCCGGGGGCACAUGAUGCACUUUAUGUUCCUGAAGGAUUAUGGGAUUGAUACUUGUACACUACAUGUUUGGAUACCACGGUAAAUCUUCACGUGAAGCGGAGUGCCUUUCUACAGACAUCUGUGUGUGCGAAUGGUACGGCCCUGAUAAAACGGUGCCUUGCAUGUGUAACUGCAGAAUUUUAUGUAUUUAAUAUUACUUUUUGUUUCAGUUUCGCUUUUGCGUAUUUCAAAAUGUUUCUAGGUGUUUUGUAAAUGAUUGCGUUGAAAUGAAUCCAGGGGUUAGUAGAUGAGUUCUUGACAGAGAAAGUAGUUGAUCAAUCACUCUGUCAUUACAUUUAUCUGAGUUUAACAUGAUUGAUUUUCGAAAAGAUGGAUUGCUGUUAUUUUAUUUUGUUCUGAAUGUUACAAUGACUGUUAUGCAAAUAUGGUUGAGGGUUGUAGACUGGCUGACUGCUGUAAAAUAUUUUCAUUGGAACUAAUUAAAUUAAAUUACGUAUGUAGUUUAUGUACACUGUAUACAAUUAAUAUUGUACAUUAUUGUCUGUUAGCUGAACUGCGUAAAAUAAACUUUUGUUACAAGAUAUA